AUGGUUGCAGCCGAAGUGUCCAGUGUUGCAUUAGCUGGGAGUGCCGCUAAGGCAUCGGUAUCUGAUGCUGGCACCUCGGUGCAAACUGCGGCAGGCAGUUUCGCAGGCAGUUCUGUGGAGGAUUCAUCGUCUGGGGGCGAUAAGUCAACUGGGAUGAUGUCUACUCCGAAAACUAAACAGACCUACGGGUCUACGACCGAGUCCCCCACCACGAAGCCAGCAACAGCCAGUACAGCCUCUUCGUGCAAGAAAAGU